AUGGUAGAAGACAUGGUAACUUCCGUAGACAUAGUCUUUUUGGUUGCCGUGUUCCUGCUAAACUCAGAUCGCGUUCAGAAAGCCAUUGACAUGUGCAGCGAAUGCUUGAUUUUGCUAAAUAACACCAACCAACACAUCAAAGACCAAUUUCUUUCACUACGCUACGGUGCCAUCUAUGACGUUCUUUUCCGCGCUUAUCGUCGUAUCUCUGACUACAUGAAUGCGGAAAGAUACGGAAGGAGACUACUUGUCCUAUACGAGUCUGGUGACUUAGUACAAGAAGGAUAUCUAAGCGUAGCUCUCGCAGAGAUAGUUGAGAGUCAAAACAGGUUUACAGAAGCCAAAAAACUUUAUAAAAAAGGAUUCAAUAUAAUGAGACAAACUGGUGAAAAAAUUGGAGAAGCAAACGCUUGUAUAGGCCUCGGAAACAUCUUUCAUAAACUUGGCGAGAACCUUAAAGCGAAAAAGUAUUUUGAGAGAGCCCUUGUCAUCAAAACUGAAAUUGGCGACAGAAAUGGAGAGGCAUCUUGCUACGGAAAACUAGGAACUGUGUGUCAGUGGCUCGGGCAAUAUAACAGGGCAAAAGAGGCAAAAGAGUAUCUAGAGAAAGCGCUUGUCACCAAAACUGAAAUUGGCGAAAGAAUUGCAGAAGCAAGUUGCUACGGAAUCCUGGGAGCUGUCUGUCGGUCGCUCGGGGAAUAUGACAGGGCAAAAGAAUAUCUUGAAAAAGCGCUUGUCAUCAUAACGGAAAUUGGCGAAAGAAAUGGAGAGGCUAGUUGCUACGGAAUCCUAGGAGCUGUGCAUGAGUCGCUCGGGGAAUAUGACAGGGCAAAAGACUAUCUGGAAAAAGCGGCAAAAGAGUAUCUAGAGAAAGCGCUUGUCACUAAAACUGAAAUUGGCGACAGAACUGGAGAGGCAAGUUGCUACGAAACCCUGGGAGCUGUCUGUCACUCGCGCGGGCAAUAUAACAGGGCAAAAGAGUACCUCGAAAAAGCGCUUGUCAUCAGAACCAACAUUGGCGAUAGAAAUGGAGAGGCAACUUGCUACGGAAGCCUCGGAACUGUGUGUCACUCGCGUGGGCAAUAUAACAGGGCAAAAGAGUAUCUAGAGAAAGCGCUUGUCACUAAAACUGAAAUUGGCGACAGAAAUGGAGAGGCAACUUGCUACGUAAACCUAGGAAGUGUGUUUCAGUCGCUCGGACAAUAUGACAGGGCAAAAGAGGCAAAAGAGUAUCUCGAAAAAGCGCUUGUCAUCAGAACUGAAAAUGGCAACAGAGAAGGGGAGGCAAGUUGCCAUGGAAACCUAGGAGUUGUGUUUUGGUCGCUCGGGCAAUAUGACAAGGCAAAAGAGUACCACGAAAAAGCGCUUGUAAUCAGAACUGAAAUUGGCGACAGAAAUGGAGAGGCAAAUUGCUACGCAAACCUAGGAAGUGUGUGUCAUUCGCUCGGGCAAUAUGAAAGGGCAAAAGAGUAUCUCGAAAAAGCGCUUGUCAUCACAACUGAAGUUGGCGACAGAAAAGGUGAGGCAAGUUGCUAUGGAAACCUAGGAGGUGUGUGUCGGUCGCUUAGGCAAUACGGCAGGGCAAAAGAGUAUCACGAAAAAGCGCUUGUCAUCAGAACUAAAAUUGGUGAUAGGAGAGGGGAAGCAACAGAUCUUGCAGACCUUGGAACUAUUUCUAGAAUCCUUGGAGAUUAUGAAGCUUCGGAAUUAUACUUGGAGAGAGCAUUAAUCAUAUCCAGAGAUAUUGGAGGUACAAGAAUAGAGUUCGAAAUCCUUGAAACUUUUGCCAUCUUGUAUUUCUUUCAAAUCAAAAUGAAAGACUCCCUUUCCUGUCUUCAUCAAUGCAUUGUAAAAUAUGAAGAGCUGAGAGAUUUCCUUGGCCUCAACGAUCAGUUUAAGACAUCAUUUUUGGAGCAGAGUGGUGUAUUUCCCUACAAACUGCUUGGCAGUUUGCUUUGUCGAACCGGAAAUACUUGUGAUGCUCUUUAUGUUGAGGAGUUAAGUCGUGCAAGAGGCCUAUCAGAUUUGAUGGCCAAGAAGUACUCGGUUGAAACGUACAUCUCUGCUAAUCCACAAUCUUGGUUUGGCAUUGAAAACGUUUUGAGAAAGGAAAAUAACUGUACUUGCCUUUACAUUUCUUGUGUUCAAAAUGACGUGUAUUUGUGGAUCUUGAAAACAAGUGGAGCCAUUCAUUUUAAACGAAUAUCACAAGAAGAGAAUCUCGCUCAGGCUGGGUUGCCCAAAGAUUUGCCUUUGAGUACAUUUUUGGCUGAUAACUUCCGGAGUCUUGGUAUUUUGCCCAGUGAAGAUUGUGAGGAUCGGUCUUUAAAUAUGGUUGAGCCACAACCUCUUACCCCCCAGCAAAAGAGCUCAGCAAGGGUACGACUCUUGGAGGAGGACGAGAAAGUCAUUUCAAGUUUAUCGUUGUGUUACAAAAUCUUUAUUGCCCCAGUUUAUGAUUUGCUCGAAGAGCCUGAACUCAUUAUUGUUCCGCACAGUACUUUGUACAAAGUUCCCUUUGCUGCCCUGGGUGAAAAGGAGGGAGCCGAAUACCUCUCUGAGACUCGAAGGAUCCGUGUCAUUCCUUCUUUGACGACACUCAAGAUCAUUCAAGACAGUCCAGAGGACUAUCACAGCAACACUGGUGCCUUGAUAAUAGGCAAUCCUAAGGUUGAUUGGCUGCUGCCAUUGCCAGGUGCAGGAAAGGAAGCGGCGAUGGUAGGACGGCUCGUGGGCGUUCCGCCCCUUGUAGAAGAUCAAGCAACGAAGCAGGCAGUACUUGAAAGGAUAAGUUCAGUGAGCCUGAUACAUUUUGCUGCCCAUGGUAACGCUGAAAGAGGAGAAAUUGCCCUCUCCCCUAAUCCCACUUUAAAUAGUCAAAACACUAUCCCAUCACAGGAAGCUUAUAUGUUGACAAUGGCUGAUGUCUCACGAGUGAAAGUCAGAGCUAAACUGGUGGUUCUUAGCUGCUGUCAUAGUGGAAGUGGACAGAUAAGAGCCGAGGGAGUUAUUGGAAUUGCCCGUGCGUUCCUAGGAUCUGGUGCUCGCUCGGUGUUAGCUGCACUUUGGGCCAUUCCAGACUCAGCAACAGAGCAGCUAAUGAGUCGGUUCUACGAACAUCUUGUUGGUGGAAAAAGUGCCAGUGAAUCUCUUCAUCACGCCAUGAAGUGGAUGAGAAUUAACGGCUUUACCAAAGUGUCGGAGUGGGCUUCGUUUACGCUGAUUGGAGAUGACGUGAGGCUGGAGUUUGGCACGUAG